AUGGCUAGAAAGAAAGUUAAGCUUACUUACAUUCUCAAUAAUAGUGCGAGGAAAACUUCAUUCAAGAAAAGAAAACUUAGUGUUGUGAAGCAACUAGAUGAAAUCACCACUCUCUGCGACGUUGAAGCGUGUACCUUCAUUUAUAGUGACUUUGAUCCCCAACCUUUUGUUUGGCCGUCCAUGGAUGAAGUACGGAGACUCAUCACGAAGUACCAGAGUUUUCCGAAGGCUGAUCAAGUUAAACGAAAGGUCUCCCAAGAGACCUUUACGAGGCAAAGGCUUCAAAAAUUACAAGAGAAACUAAGAAAACGUGAAAGAGAGAUCCGUCAUAACGAGAUGACGCACAUCAUGUUUCAAUCAAUGAUGAAUCCACAAAAUUCUAUGUCAAGCCUGAAUACCGAAGAUUUACAGGAGCUAGCUAGAGUAAUCGGUCAGAACUUGAUGGAGGUUAAGAGGACGAUGGACUCCUCCUCUUUCAACCCUCCUCCUCUUCCCCAACUUGAUUUUGAAGGGAGUGGAGUUGGUGGUAGCCAACAACUUGCUUGGAGCCAAGAUGAUUUCAUGCCUCCAACUCAUGGGGGAUUUGGCUCUUACAUGGCGCCCAGCAUGACAUGUCCUCCUCCGGUCAUGGAGUUUCAGCCUCCUAACAUGGGGUUUGAACCUCCUAACAUUGAUCCUAACAUGGAGCCUCUGCCAUCUGAUUUCCCGCAGAAUGGCAUGUCAUACCCGAGCAACCCUCCUCCAUUUCCUCACUAUCAUAACGCAGACAUGGGGCCACAUGAUCCAUCUUCACAUUAA